AUGGCCGGACCUGAGAACGUUCAGAUGGGAGGCGUCCCGCCUAGCCCAGGCACCGAGGGACCUUCCACCAGCACCAGACCUAUGCCCUCUACCGCAGAGCAGGUCAUCAAGCGUCUUAAGGAACUCGAGGACGAGGCUCAGCAAACCCAGGAUCAGAUUUUCGCCAUUUCGACUGCGUCUAAGUCGACCGUCAAGUUCCCGGCACCGGAGCGCUAUGGAGGAGGAAAGGCAGAGCUUGGAGGAUUCUUGAUCCAGCUCAAGACCUAUUUUCGUCAAUACCCAGACCAGUUCACCAACGAAGAGUCGAAGGUGAUCUUCGCGGCUACCCGACUCAAGGAGGUGUUUGGGGAGUACGAUGAGGCAAGGCGCGCGCAGGGGAGGCUCGCAAGCCUGCGUCAGACGCGCUCAGCGGCUGACUACGCGGCUCAAUUCAAGAUCGACAGCCUGCGUAGCACCAUCAACGAUGAGGGAUUGAUGCAGCUCUUCUACAACGGCCUCAAGGAAGAGGUGAAGGAUGAGUUGUACAAGGAGUCGAGGCCCGACACUAUCGACAAGUACAUCGCCAUGGCCAUACGGAUCGACGAUCAGCAGUUCCAGCGUCGUACGGAGAGGAGAGGCAACAAUCGAGGACACUUUGGCAAUAACCGUCCCAACGACAAGCGCAGACGGAAACAUCCCAGCACCAGCUACUCCGGCACUACACACUCAGGACCGAUGGACGUCGAUGCUAUUCAGCAACAGAGGUCGCAAGGCCGGGGCCAGGGCAGAGACAACCUCAAGUGUUUCAACUGCGGCAAGGCAGGACACUUCAAAAAGGACUGUAGGGCACCCAAGCGACUCGGAUGGAAAAAGGAGAUCGCGUCAACCACCACAUCGAAGGGACCGAGGGUUGUGGAGGUCGCAGCCAUUGGGUACCAGCAAGACGAAGCGGUAAGCUUCGAGGAGGACUCCUACUGGCACGCCGAACAAGAGGAAGCAGAGUUCCAGGAGCUGCGGGAAGCAGUGGAAAGGCUGAAGGCGGAGCACGAAGAAGGAGAUCUUCAGAUACAGGCAUUACUGGAGCAAGUGGCACGAGUCACUACAGAAAUCGCCACGGAGGUCACUAAGGACGAUAACCCCACGCAAUGGGAGGGACCUACCCGGUGGACGAUACCAGGGAAGCAAUACGGCAAGCACAGGAUCGCCGUCAUACAAGCAUGGCCUAAGAAGCUCGAGUAUAAGAGCUGGGAAGAAUACUGGAAGGAUAAGAAGGUCGCCAGCAUUGGGAUCGCGAAGUUACCAGGAGAUACACCCACACUCACGAGGUAUAUACCCUGUGAAGGAGAUACGGCACAACUUCACCCCAGGUAUCCGGAGCAUCGGAGAGUACCUUGGUUCCAGUGUAUUACGCACGGAUGUGUGGAGCACCACCAAAGCAAGUCGCUACACGGCCACUGGCCGGUACGCAAGGUGGGCAAGGAAGGCAAGCCACAGCCAGUUAGGAAGACGAUGGCAAGAUGGGAAAAAGCCAAUGAGGAGUUGGACGACUACCUGUUGUGGAAGACAGGAAAAGCAGCUCAACUGGAGAACGGGUUACAAGUAAUCCAGUUCACGCCGAGGUGGGCAGCAUGCUGCCUCGGGUACACAAACGAGAGGUACACGGUUGAUAGCGAAGUCUUGGGGUUAGGGAUGGCACUGCGGUGGUGCUCAACUCCAGACUGCGCGCUGCAUUUACGGCAGAAGGUCAGGCAAUACCACCAGGCCACCGAGCCUAAGGCAUCGGCCAAGCAGCGAAGGUACUAUCAAAGGUGUGCUCGACAAAAUGCCAGGAAAGUAAGAGACGGAAGAUGGGAGGAAGCUAGGCGGGUAUGGUUGAAAGACUUCGUGUUGCUGGACAACCCGGGGCAGGAGGACGCUCUUGAACGACAUAACCGCUUGGGAAACGACUCGCGGCCCUUCGCGCGGGCCGGCAACCUCUAA